AUGAUGCAACCAGAACUUGUUCAGUCCACCUGGCCAUUUUACAAGAUCAUAAAUUCACAUUUAGAUGAUCAAGUUGAAGAUUGUGAUCUCAACAUUGAUGAUUAUAAUGGUGGCUGUGAAUUUUCUUCUUCGUUUACAUGUACAGAUGACUUUUACACAGACUUUUCAUCAAUCCCCAAUUUUUCUUCCGUAUACUCCAGUGAAUUUAUUCAAUUUCCUGCAGCUUGUGAUGAUGAGCAUGAGCUGCAAGUCAUGUUACCGAUGGAGGAUUUUCCUAUGGAAUUGGAAGGGUUUGAGUCUGUUUUGAGUGAUGAAGUUGGGGUUCUAUGGAGAAGUUUUGAUGGAAGUAAGGGAAGUUUUCCUUCACAAAAGACCUGUGAAAGUGAAGAUUUCUGGAGUCCUAGCUCAUCGGUGGACACAACAUUGACUUUGCCAGCAGAAGAAAUGGAAAUAGAUAACCAAGUGAGCGUUUCUCAUCUUCUCAAGGCUUAUGGAGAAGCCCUGGAGAUGGGGAAAAGAGAGCUUGGAGAAGUGAUUAUCAAAUGCUUAAGUGAGAAAAUUAGCCCUGCUGGUGAAGCCCUGGAGCGCCUGGCAUUUUAUUUAUCCCCAGUCCUUGAAAAGCAAGGAAAAUAUCUAAUGCAAGAGUCCAGAAAAAACUUUGCGCAGGCUUUCAAGGCAUUCUACCAAUUGUUUCCAUAUGGGAGAUUCGCUCACUUCGCAGCAAACGCCGCGAUCCUUGAAGCCAUGCCGGACGAUGCAGAAAUCAUUCAUGUAGUGGACUUUGACAUGGGAGAAGGAGUUCAGUGGCCUCCAUUGAUUGAGGCCAUUGCACAAAGGCGUAAAACACUGAGAUUGACAUCAAUAAAGAGGGAGGAUGAGGACUUAACUUGCACUUCCUUGCCAUGGAGUUUUGCAGAGACAAGAAGGCAACUGUGUGACUACGCAAGAUGUUCAGGUCUAAAAUUGAAAAUUGAGGAGAUGGGAAUUGAGGAGUUGGUGAGCGAGAUAAAAGAAAAAAAGAAAAGAGUUGAAAACAAAGAAUGGUUUGUUUUUAAUUGCAUGGUAGGACUUCCACACAUGGGCAGAGAAAGAAGCAAAAAGCUCGUUAUGGGUUUUCUGCAGCGAGCCAAGGAGUCGCUAUCAGGCAAGAACAGAGGAAUUAUAACUUUAGGUGAUGGAGAUGCCAGUGAGAGACUGGCAUAUUCCUCAGGAUUUGGGUCUUUCUUCGAGGUGUACUUGGAGCAUUACCAAGCCCUUUUGGAAUCAAUUAAAUCCAGUUUCCCUGCACAUCUUGCAGAAGCAAGAAUGGCCAUGGAGUGUCUCUUUCUGGCACCUUAUAUCUCUUCUCAAGCAUGGUUGCAGAAGUGGGAAGACAUAAGACAAGGCUACCAUCUUCAGGGAGGGGUUGGACUGAAGGAAUUUAAAGUGAGCAAAGAUAUAUUGACAGAAGCCAAGGAGAUGGUGAAGGGAGAAAGUUCUUGUGGAGUGAAGAUUGGAGGAUACAAUGAGAACAAGAUGAUUCUGGAGUGGAGAGGGACACCAUUGGUAAGAGUCUCUUCUUGGAGAAGUUAA